AAAUGAGUAUUUAAUUUAGGUCAGAUCUAUUUGCACCAGUCUCUUAUAGCAAUAUUAACUUAUUAAUGGCUGAUGUGAUUUGUAAACAGUACCUUUCUACACUGGAGUUUUUUGUUAUUUUUUGACAGAUGGAAUGUGGUAUUAGAAUAUCUGAAAAAUUUUCCAGUUAACAACUUUAUUAUUAUAAAAUUUUAACGUAUACACUAUAUGAAAACCAGUUAUUACAUCCUCAGGCUGUAGUCAACUCCUCCUCCCAAUUUCUAGUAUAAACUUCUCUGUAAUUGGAACGUAAUGAUCAUCCAUGCUAAAUAUAAAGAAAAAGAAGCAUGUGAACUUGAAACUGGUUUUUUUAUCUUCCACUUCUGUGCCUUAUCUAUUUGAUAUUUUUGUAAAGAUAUAUUUUUUGCAAAGCAAAUAUUCUGUUUAAAAAAUUUAUUACAAUGGCAAUACCAGAGAUAGAUCUGACCAAUUUAGACGAAAAAGAAGUUAGAACGAUUUCUAGAGUUUUACAAAGAGACAGAACUUUAAGGAUUAUUGAAGAGAAUAGAUUAUUGCCUCUAAAAAUGGAACUCCAGUCGCUCCGCAGGCGCGGCGCGCUACGCCAGGGACUCGACACUAGCAGGUGUUGCGCCCGCUGCACAAGUGAACUAGGCCGUCUGAUCAACCGCGGUGCACUGUGUGCCGUCUGUCGCAAGAAGGUCUGUAAGGCAUGCAGGCAGUAUGGCGACGUCGACAAGCAGUGGGUGUGCGUUGUCUGUCGAAAACAAAUGGAAUUUAAAGCUGCUUCGGGAGAAUGGAUGCAAGAAUUCUGUCGUCGAUCGAGUAAAAGAAGAGUGCGACGCGCUCCCGCCGGUGACUUGUUACUCAGGGCAAUCCUCGAAGCACGUCAAAAAGGUUCUAUAAAUAGAGAUCGCCAUCGAGUUAGAAACGCAGUCAACUUAAAAUCGGCUGAUCUCGAAGAAGCAAAAGUUGGAGAACCCGUUCGGGAUCAGGAGGCAGACGGAAAGAAACAAUCGGAAUUGCCUUUCACCAUCGACAUCCGCAAACAAUUCAAGAAAUUGGAACUACUGCCGUUAGACGGCAGAUUGUUUGGUAAUUUGAAGCGAUCCGAAUCGCAGCCGGCCCUAGAUGAAAAGACUCGAUUCCUGCCGGUAAACGAGAUUACGAGCCACUGGAAGGGUGCGGAUAGCAACCUGGUUCAGGAAAUCAGACGUCGCUUCGGGCAUAACGAACCGGAAUCGGAGCCGGUGGAGCUGAUUCCCGAGUCCGCGCGUUUAAAGAAAAUCAGUAGGUCGGUCGAGACGUUAGCGGAAAUCAGCAGGAAUUAUCAUUCGGAAGAGAUGGAGAAGACGAACCUUAUCAGGAAACUAUCGAAACCAGAAAGCGGUAGCUCGUCCAGUUCAGUGUCGCCCGACGGCGCUCGCAAAGCGUCGCGUCGACGCAAUAGUCCGCACGCCAGAUCUUGCUCGGCCAGUAGCGAGGUCGAGGAAAGAUGGUGCGGAUCUCCCACUGCCUCUUCGACCACUAAACGCAGUCCCACGCUUAAAGAGAAAUCGGGAGGAGAUACGGAUUCAGCUUAUUCGACGUCACCCAGGGCGACUCAUCUGAAACCCGUUGACGUACGACCCGCCAGCGGUUCCACCUCGAGUAUCAGCGAAUCGGAAGUGGAGAAAUCGACCGGGGUCAUAUUCAGAAAGGUCACUCUAAAGAAGAGAAAGUCGAACGAAGAAGAGAGGGAAAGGGCGCACAGCGCACUAGAUAGUCCCUAUUAUACAGGCUGUGCCAUUAACCAUUCUACCCCCAUUAACGAACGAAUCCCUCUAACUAUCCCAUUCCCCGGUGAAGGUUAUGUCUUUUUAACAUUCUCCCAUACUGACACACAGCUUGAGGGGACAGAAGACUUGGAAAGAUACAGAUUGAAUCUGGAUUACUACAGAAUUGUUUACAUCGAAGACGAAGACGAAGAAACCGAGAGCCCGAAAACGCUGCGUGUGACGUCACGAUUCCAAAUGUACGGCAGCACGCUGUGUAUCGAAGAUAGCGAUUGGGAGUUGUGUAGUGACUGCGACAACGAGUUUUCUCAUUACGAGAAGCGGAAUUGUCAAAUUACAGCUAUAAAUCUCUCCAAGAACCACUUAGAAGCAAGUCUAUUGUUUAAUGGCGCCGCCGCCAACCGGUUUCACUCUCGUAUCGAGUCUUACUCGUCGAAGGAAAACGGAAGUAAUAGCGCUCUUUCACUUACAAAUGCGCGGGAAAUGAAAGGUAUCGAAUUAAUCAGACCAGAUCAGGAAAUAAGAGUAGCUGCGAGCGAAGGGAGUAGUCCGUCGAACGUCCUAAAUUCGGAUGAGAAUAGGGCUAUUAUAGAACAAAGUCGGCAGCUAUUGGCCGGAAAUCUUAACCAAACGACCUGUAACGUGGGAUCUAUAUUGCCAUCUGACGAAGCUAACGUAAAUAAUGACGAAGAGAUGACAAAGAAUGAGGAGGCACUGCCCUUUGUUGUUAGUCACGGAUUGGACCAAGCCAAUAGCGUGUCCGUGGCGUGUAGAGGGGAAAACGACGUUGUGAUGUGUGAACAGAGCCCAGUGGAGAGCAGUACACGUGAGGUCGACAGACUUAACUCUGGGGAAGCCUGUUAUGAACUACAAAAACGAUUGAAUGCCACAUGGGAAACUGCAGCUGUUAUGGAAGUUGUUAAACAUUCUAGGAAGACUUGUGGGUCAUGGGAAGAUUCAAAACAAGAUCUAGAAAUACAGUCUGGUGGAGAGGAGUUGGAUAAGCCUGAGUCAGACACUGAUUCUCAGGACACUGUUAUAGAGAGUGAAUCUUAUGGCCGUAUGAGGAGUCUAGCUCUCAGAGAAAAAAUUCUUCAGGCUAAUGAGGAAUUGAUGAAAAUGGAUAAUUAUCAAGAUGAAGAUUCUAAAUUUAAAAUGGAAGAUGUUACAGAAGAAACCUGGUCAUUUCCUUUGGGGUGUGAAUCUACUUCCCGUGAAAAGGAAAACGUAAACGACGGUGUAAUGAACUCUAUGCAUGAGUUGAUUAGUUGUGUAAAGGCAGAAAACUGUGAAAAAAGUUGGCAUUUUAGCAAUGAUGAUUUUCGAAUUGUAGAAGCAGACAAUUUAGAAGUGGAUCGUUUUAAUGAUGAGUUUUGUGGAGUUUCUGACUCAUUAGCAAGUGAACCAAAGUUGCCAUAUGAAAACAAAGAACAGGUUAUUAUUUCAACAACUAUCACUGAAGUAGAACAGUCAUUAGAUCAGCAUGCUGUUGAAAGUUUACAAGGAAAUAAUGAACAAGAAAUAAAUGCUGCAUUUUGUACAAAAUCAAGUGAGAGUAACAGUGAAGAAGAUGUGUUUCUCACAGAUUCAUCUUCAGAUGAAUUUACAUAUAGUUCCUAUGCAUACAGUAAUUAUGAUUGUCAUCCACUGCCACAUAUUUUACACACAAUUACAGAGGAGAGCUGUGAAGAAAGUGAGAAAUGUUCUCCACACAUUGUAACUACUAGUAAUUUAAAGAGAUUAAAAGAUGAUAAUUUAGAAGAUCCAAAAUUAUUGUUAACAGCAAGGAAAGGUGAACAGGAUUUAGAUGGAAUUGAUACCAAUUCAGAAACCUCUGAAUCAACUUAUAAUGAAAAUAACAAUAAUAAUAAUAAUAAUAAUAGGAGUAGAGAAAAUCUUAAAACUAUGGCAAUUUCUAGACUAGAAAAAUAUUUUUCUUCAGGAUUAUCAGAAGCUGGCCAUUUCUGCUAUCCUGAUGAUUCAGAAUUAACUGACGAGAGUGGAGGUGUCAGUAGUGAUGAUGAAACUUCUAUAAAUAAAAGGACACGCACAGAUUCAGUUAGUUCAAUAGGAACAGAAUUGUCUGAAGGUGAAUUCUGUAAUCAAAAUUUACUUCAAAACCCUACAGAAAUGCCCUAUAAAGAGACAUUAUCAGAUAAUGAAGUGACAGAAAAAAAUAAAUUGGAUAAAGCUCUAAAUAAUCCUCCAAAUAAGUUAACGUGUUUGCCAGAACAGAAGAAAUUAAUUAUCGAGAAAGAAACAAAUCAGAUUAACAAGACAGAAUUACCAGUUAAUUUUUUAAGUACAGGUAAUCAUUUUAAUUAUGAAAAAGAAGAAAUUUUAAAUGAUGUUCAAACUUUAUUUAAAGAACUGUUUGAAAAUGAAACUAAUCAAGUAACUAAUUCAUUGAUAACAGAUUAUAAAUAUCAAAAGAAUGUUAAUAGAAAUUUAAGUUCUAGUAUGCUUAAUAAAUCUUAUGAAACUAACUUAGAUGAUGAAAAAUAUAAAUCAGAUGUUAUGAACAGAUCUAAUAAUUGUGUAGCAAAAUUUAAUUCUACAAAAUUAAUUGGAAAUUUAUCUGAAAAUGAUUCUUUAAACUGUAAUAACAAUGGUUUAGAUAACUGGAAAUUGUUAGAAUUACAAAUUGCAAAGUUAAUGCAGACAGUAUCUCCUCUAUCCUUAUCAGCUGAAGAACCAAGUAGUAGUAGCUGUAGUAGCACUAUUGGAAGUAAUAACAGUGAUUAUGGUAGUGAUACAUUAGAAUCAGAAGAAGAAUUAACAGAUGCAGAAAAUAACCUCUCUGGCUACAAAAAUUCAUUGCUGCAUUCUGAAUUUGAUUCAAAUAAAACAGCACUUCAAAAUAAUUUAAUGGGUUUGACGGAAUUUAAUAAUGAGUCUACAAUCUCAGAAGAAACUCUGUACAUAUGUAAACAACUGAUGGCAUCCUUGAAGAAAAUAACUUCAGAAUCAAUAUUUGAUUCUAGUGGAAAUAGCCAAACUCAAGAAAGUGAUAUGAUUCAUGCUAGACAAUACAUUAAAAAUCAAAUAAUAGCUCUUAUGCAUACUGUUAGCGUUAGUCGAAAUAAUUCUCCUUUAAGAGAAAGGCGAGAGCGUCAACUUUUGAAAAAUGUUGAGAUGUUGAACAAUCCUAGCGACACUCAAGAUAGUUCUGAUGUAGAAUGUUCUAAACCUGUAGAAAGAAAGAGUUCCAUCAAGAGCAAAACACCUUCUGAAUCUGGAUCAGAAACAACAGUAUCAGCUAGUAUCAGCAUUCCUAGUUUUGAUGAUUCAGACAAUACUCCUACUGAAUCAGAAAUUUCUCAUGAAAUGGAUGAACUGUUUGCCCUUUUAGAAAGUUCAAAUGGUAACUUACCUGAAUCACUUGUUAUGAAAUCUCACAUAAACUCAGAAAUUUCUACAAUAGAAGAAGAUAUAUCAUUUAGCAGCAGUGAUACUUUGGUAAAUUCUAGGAAUAAGUCAAUGGCUUUAACAGAACAAUUGAUUUUAGAAAGGGAUCAUACAAAUAGUGAGAAGUGCAAUAAUUUUUUAUUAUAUCUGGAUAGUAAUUAUGAUCCAAAUGAAUACUCAAAAAAUCAAGUUCCUAUAUGGAGGGAUAACAUGUGCAAUAGUCUUAAAUCACAAGAGAAUAAGCAUCAAAAUAUUGAAGUUACCUUUAUUAGUUCUGCAAAUGCAAAUAGUGAUACUUCUGAACAAGAUAAUAAGUUUGAUUAUUUAUCAAAAACUGAAGAAACAAAUAAAAUAAGAUCUUCCAAUAUGGAUUCUUGUUCAAAUAUUUUCACUGCCAAUAUAUCUAGACAAUCAUCAUCCAAUUAUACUUUUAUACCAGAAAAAUCAUCCAGUAUUCAAAUUAGUGUUCCUACAGAUAGAGUAGAAAGUGUUGAGAGUAUUGAUGCUCUAGAAGAAAAUAGUGAUGCAUCAUAUGAUAUUAGCAGGCAGUCUUUUGAAUCUGUGAGAGAGAUGCCUAUGAGUGAAACACAUGAAAUUAAACAAUGUACCAGGAUUUCUGUUUCACUUAAUAGUAAAGAAAAAGCAUGUAGUGAAAAUGAUUUAUUAUCUGUAAAUUAUAGAAUAGCUAAAAAGAAUGCAAAAGUGUUAGCAACAAAAUCCACUGGAAAUAUAUCAGAACUAGAGACAGGAAGUAACAAAAGUGCAUUUCGUGACACUGGUUAUUAUUCUUUUAAAUCUUCAGAAGAAAGUAUUUUAAGUCUUGAUGAUCUGCCUAACAGUCCAACAUCAUCCACUUCUCUCACAUUUUAUAGAUCACUCACAUCUACUGAAGCCAUUCCUGAAGUAGAUGAAGAAUCUUCCACUUCCAAAUCAAUGCCAUCUAUGUCAUUAAGUUCUGGUAAUAUUCCAAGAGAAGUUUGUAGCUCCUCAUCCAGUAAGUCCAGCACACUCCCACUAAGCAUUCGUGCAAAGCUUUACAUGCCUCCCGCAACUCGACCCCGACCUUUCACUUCAUCAUUCUUUUCAACAUCAGGAGUUCUUAGAAAAUUGACUGCACUUAGAGAUGAAAGUAGUCUAUCACAUAGACCAUCUCCACAUGGAAGAUUAAGAGCAAGGGGAAGAUCAUCAUCUGGUGGUAGUGAUGAUUGUAAGCAAGAAAAUGUCAACCUUCCUCAAAUAUCAGUCUGUGAUUAUGCAAAGAAUACAUCAAGGCAAAAUAAUGGUGCAAGUUCUGAUAAAGAUAGUAUUGGCAUUCAAGAUGAUGAUGUUGAUCAAGUAUUCAGCUAUCAUAGUAAGAGUCAACUUUCUCUGUCUUCAUUUGUGGCAAGAAGUGAGAGUAUGACUAGUGUAUACAGUGCAGCUGGAGGAGGGCGAUAUGGAACAGUAGUGGUCAGUGGAGAAGUUUUAUUUGGGUUGAAUUACAAUUAUAAGGCUUCGUGUCUAGAAGUACAUGUAAAAGAAUGCCGCAACAUAGCUGCUGUUGACACAAAGAAAAACAGAUCUGACCCCUAUACCAAAGUUUAUUUAUUGCCGGAUAGAACAAAGAGUGGUAAAAGAAAAACUAAGGUGAAGAAACAUACAUUAAAUCCAAAUUUUGAUGAAGUUUUAAAGUUUCCAAUGACAAUCAGUGAACUUGAAACACGCACAUUAUGGCUUUCUAUCUGGCACAGUGAUAUGUUUGGAAGAAAUGAUUUCUUAGGUGAAGUAAUGUUACCUCUAGGUUAUGAAGUUUUUGACAAUCCUGGUUUAAGAUGGUAUCCUCUUCAAGAGAGAUUGGAAUCAUUAGAUUCUCCAAUUAGUUAUAAAGGAGACUUAAACCUUGCUCUUAAAUAUGUUCCAUUUGAUGUUACCACACAAAAACCAAGCAAACGUUCUGGAAGGCCUGCGAAAGGAUCAUUACAUGUUCUGGUCAAAGAAGCAAGAAAUUUAAUGGCAGUUCGUUCUAAUGGAACAUCAGAUCCAUUUUGUAAAAGUUAUUUGCUACCAGAUAAAAGCAAAUCAGGAAAACAAAAAACCCAUGUGAUAAAGAAAACAUGCAAUCCAAAAUGGAAUCAUACUUUUGUAUACGAUGAUGUGUCUAUUGAAGAUCUUCAUGACAGAUGUCUAGAACUGACAAUUUGGGAUUAUGACAAAAUCACCAGUAAUGAUUUUCUUGGAGGAGUGAGGCUGAAUCUUGGAACAGGUAAAUAUGAAGGUCGAGAUGUUGAAUGGAUGGAUUCUCAAGGAGAAGAAAUAAUUGUUUGGCGUUCAGUAUUAGAGAAACCAAAUAUGUGGAUAGACUGUUCACUUCUAUUACGUUCUUCGAUGCAAUCUCGAAGAACAUUAUGAUUGUCAAUAUAAUAUAAAACAUUCCAUCUCAAUUAAAUCAUCAUUAAUUCUACCAGAUCUCUUUUACAAUUUUAAUGGAAAAUUAUAGACUAGAAGUCCUUUACAAAAAGUGAAGGAAAAAAAAUCAAAAGUCAUUUUCUCGUGUUAAUAUCAAAAUUCAUAUCUUUUACCUAGCAUAAUAUCAUUAUUUAAUUUUUUAAACAAUACAUAUUACAUUAAAGAAUAUUUUUUGUAUGCCAAGUAAGAUCAUGCCAUCUAAAAGAUUUUUUAGAUUUACUAUGGAAUCAUUUUGUUUUCACAUUGUGCUUAAAAUUUUGAUAAGCUUCAAAGAUAUCUAAUUUAAAGAUCAUGAAUAUUAAACAUUUCUAUAAUUUAAAGGUUUGCAAUUUUGCAUGAACAGUACAAAUAUUAUUAACUAAUUCUCAAAAUAAUUGAUACUUAAGGUAUCAAACAUGAUAAAAAAAAAAUACUUUAAAUCUUUUGAUCUCUAGCUCAUGCAUACUGUGUGUGUAUGUUCAGUAUUAUUUUUGAAGCAAUUUGGAAAGAAUGCCAUCCAAUAUUAAUCCUGAAAGAUAUUUUGCGAGAUGGAUACAAUUUUUUGCACUUGUAAACAGGAGUAAAUUGAUGCCAUUUCCCACCGGCCACAUUAAUUUGUAUGGGAAUAAAAUAAGUGACCAUAUCACUAGUUAGAUUGUGGUUAAAUGUUGUACAUACACACACAUUCUAUGCAUGUUGUUUAUGUUCCUAAGUAAAGAAUAAACACGUAACUUGUGUCGUUCUACAGUCUAAAGAUAACAUAUCACAAAAAUUUCAGUGGUGCCUUUUUACUGUAUGAUUCUGGAUAUUCUGUACAAAAGAUAACUAAAAUAAUAUCACAAGUAUUAAAAUUUUUUUAUUCUUUGUCUUCCAUUCCAAUCAUUAAUGCACCAAACUAUCAUUUGUGAUCGGACCAAAUCUCGCACGAUGGGAAUAAGAGAGAGAGAGAGAGAGAGACGUUCCUCCAGGUGGCCAAUGCGAUUUGGCGAUAAUUUUCUCAUUCUUUAUUGUAUGCCUUAUAUUAUACAUGUACUGUACAAUGUUUUGAAAAUAUAUUUACUUUUAUUCUAUGGAAAAUUGCUGCUGGUUAGCAAUUAAAAUAUUUAAUAUUCACAGGAA